UGCCGACUGCGCUGGCGCAACGCACGAUUAAGACGGACGGCCAUGAUAACUCCUGAUUUCGUUCACUUAUUUAUUGGUUCAGCUCAGCGACUGAUAUCCGUCUGAUAAAUUGACAGAUUUAUCUAUUAGACAUAAAAGAACAAUGACUGCAAUCUGUAAACAAAAUGAUCGGAUGGGAAAUUAGAAUAUUUUGUCAUUCCUGUUUAUAUUGAUUGGGGUUUAUAAUUAUAUAUUAUAAUAAAUACUGAUUGAAUAAUUGCGACAAUUUAAGCUUGCAACAUACCAUUUUAAUUUCUGAUUUUUAUUAGCUUUUUUUAACUUUAAUGCGGAAACUGUUUUGAAAAAUGGAUAAAUAAGGAUUUAAGCAAUAAAUAUGAACAAUCAACUGGUGGAUUCGAUGUUUUUUUUAUAUUCGAAGUUUCUUCAACAGUACCACUUGUUUGAGAACCUGAUUUUCAGAACCUUCUUUAACUUACUUAUUCAUCUUACCCAUUUAUGCACAAUAACUAAAUCAGUUAAAUAGUUGCUCACCGUUGCCUGAAUUGGAAUUUAUUUAAAGAAGCGAGACCGUAAUUAAGGUUUUCUAUUUUAUUGCAUGCUGUUAAAUCGGCGAGACAUGUGGUGCCACUAUUUUAUUUUAAGACCAUGUGUGUAUAUACUUACCAUGUUUCUGGUAAAUAAAUCAUUAUCAUUACCGAGUUGUUAAUAUAGUAAAAUAAUGUAUUUAUCUAUAUAUUGUGUUAAGUUUAGUUGAGUAAUAAAUAAUUGGUGUAAAUAAAUAGUCCCAAUUUAUUUAUUUAUUGUAUGUUUUACAAUAUAUUUACCUAUAUCUUUGUAUUUUCAAUUCGUUAAUUUGACAGGACUAUAUCCAAUUAUUAUUGUGCUCUAAAAGGAAUGAAAGACUGUUUUUACAUUUAUAAAAUUAUUAGCAAAUAUGAAUUUCCAUGUAAACUCCCAAGAAACACUUUGAUUUAACACAUAAAAUCAAAUUAUUUUAUACUUUUCAAGUAUUUUCAUAAUUUUCGUUAGUCAAUUUCUGGGACACAGAUCUUCCCUCUGCAUGGAAUAGAGAGAAUGGGCCAUGACCCACCAUCGGGCUCAGUGCUCAGUGGGUACUAACGACUGCAGAUGCAGUCGAAAUAUUAUCAAGUAUUUUAGCGUAAUGGCGCGAUUACACUUGGUCAUUAGCCCGAAUACGAGUGCCUAUGGAAUUUGGACAAACAAUUAAGUGAAAAUGAACGGAGUCGAUUAUGCCCGUAUUCGUUUCGUUCCAACUAGAACGCGGGUGUAGUGUCGUUUGCCCGUGUGUUCCGGUACCCGAAAACAAUAUAAUUAUUGCUUUGGGUGCCCGAAAUCGAGUAACAUCCUCUGUGCACUCAUAUACUGGCUAACGGCCGAAUGUAAUUGCGCCUUAUCCAUGUAAAUAAUAAAGAGUAUCGUUUUCAAAUCUUCAAUCAACUUGGUUAAAGUAACUUUUACCAUUUAAAUAAAUACCAAAACCGAGGCCUGGAAAGAACAAGAAGAUGUCAGGUAGGCAUACAUUGUUCUUAUCCUCAGUUUAUACUAAUUUUAAAAAAGGUUCUAUAAUGAGACAAUAAAAGACACCCUAAAGCUUUAUAUGACGUUAUAAUAUAAAUUCACUUUGGUCACUAUCUUGAGACUUGAGAUAACUUAACGUGUCUCUAAGAAUGAAUUCUGGGACUAGAAUACUGUUUUUCCGAUUUUUUGGAGAGGCGGUAGCUAUGUAGCACAGGCAGUUCAGCCCUAUGGAAUGAAAAAAGGGUCUGUGGCCGUCGAUAGUUUUGGAUACUAGAUAGUGUGUUUAUAUUUCACUAUAAUAUUUUUUUUAAACAACUUUCAUCUAAAUGAUUACUUGGUUUUGUCCAAAUCAUUGGUAUAGCAAAUAUCCAUGUUCUUGAUUAACCCAACCUUAAUAGAGCCUCACAUGUUAGGCAACAUUUAUUAGUAAUCCAGGAGUUUAUCUGGAUGUCUGACAUGAAAUCAUUAUUAUUAUUUCAACACGUGCUUAUUUAUAUAUUUUUGUGAUCUCACAUGUGAUUUAGAGAUGUUUUACAUUUAUUGAAAAUCCCAGGAAGACAAAUAAUUUGAAAUAGUAAGUAAGAAGGUACAAUAUCUUUGGCUGUUAUGAUAUUUAUUAAUUCGCAGAAAUAAUUUAUAUGAAUUGUAUGCAAACAUUCAAUUUAGUUCAUAAAUAGAAAUAAUUGCGCCGUAUCGACACGUUUGCAAGGCUCAGACAACGUAUCUCCAGGCUCUUCUCCGGCAGAUUCACGAAAUUAAAAGCAAAGACACGACACGCGUGAGCGUCUUGCAUUACUAUUGAUAUCACGCUCUCCGCUUCUAACCCGGCUAUAUAAACACGAACUAUUCAAUUUUAAUCUAUUCAAAGGCAAAACCUUAUUAAAGUAGCAUCGUCCUCUUAGUUGAAUAAUUUUAGGAUUUUGAAGAAAAUAAAUCAACUAUGAUUAUACAUAUCGUUUGGUUGACUGCUCUUGUGUGGACCACGACCAAAUGUGAACCACCCAUAAACAACUAUUUACCGCCAGGGGGUACUAACAGUGGUGGCAGACCUUCUCCCGUCUACGGGCCGGCAGAAGGAAGUAGCAGUCCAGGUUUUGGACGUCCUGGUGCAGGCCGUUCUGGUGCAGAAAGUAACCAUCUUGAACCUCAAGACUCUUAUUUUCCAAAUAGUCAGUCAGGGUUUUCAAACUCACCCGACACUAACUACGGCCCCCCCGACCAGAAAUUCAAUCAAGGUACUCAGAGGUCUUCGCCAACCAAUCAAGGUGGAUCUUCGUCACAAAGAGGCUACGAACAAGGAAACAAUAAUAGUCCAAGUUCCCGAUACGAAUCUCCUGGUCAGAGUAAUCAAGCGAAUCAGAGACAGCAAAUUGGCCAAGCUCCUUUUGGUAAUGGCGCUCCACAAUCUUCAUAUGGACCGCCUAACAAAGACCAAGGUUUUAGCAGACCGCAAUCUAGCAGAAGUAACGGACAAGGGCAAGGCAAUUCAGGGCGGAGCCAAAGGCCUAAUUCAUCAUACGGACCUCCUCAUACUGGAGCUAUCUUACCUUCUGACGGUCCUGGAAAUGUUAGACAAGGAUAUCAGGAAAUGCCAAGUUUAUCUUACCAAUCUCCAAAUUCUCUUGGUUCCCAAGGCGGCCUGGGUAGUCAGCAAUCGCCCAGUGGUACACCAUCAUCAUCUUAUGGAACGCCUGACAUUGGCGGCAGUUCAUCUGGACGAGGUUUUGGAAGAGGAUCUGAUUUCGGUGGAGUGGAAUCUGAUGAACCAGCUAAAUACGAGUUUAGCUAUGACGUGGAUGACGCGCAGACAGGUACUAACUUUCAUCAUUCAGAACAACGUGACGGUGACGUUGCCACAGGGGAGUAUAACGUAGUACUGCCUGACGGCAGGAAGCAGGUUGUCGAGUACGAGGCCGGCCUGCAGGGAUAUAAGCCUCAGAUACGAUACGAGGGUAGCGGUGGAUUGGGCAGACCUGGAGGACCAGGAGCUGGUUUAGGCUCUGGUGGUAACCAGGGAACUCAAGGAUAUCCUCAAGGUGGACCCAGUACCUUUGGCGACGGUCUUCAAGGACAAGACAAUGAAAUCGGGUAUCCCAGAGGGAGCCAAAGUCAGGAAGGCAGAUUCGGUGGAUUUGAUCGUUCAGAAGAUCCAAGCCAGAAUUUGCCGCAGCUCGUUGGUAGGCAAGAAAACAUGGGUUACCCUAGAGGUGGACCGAAUUCUAGAACCAAGGGGCAAGUAUUUCGAGGGAGCUCUGGACAGUCUGGACAAGAAAAUAGGGGACAGUUUGGCGUCUCAGGUGACGGUGAAAAUAGCGGUAUUGAAACUUUGAACGGUGAAUCUCAAGGAUAUCCCUCUGGUAGACCUAAUGGAAAUUCUAGAAAUGUUGGUUUUUCCGGGAGUCCCAGUGGUAAUGGAGAUUUUUCCAACGGAGGACCCCGGGAUGGAUUUAGUGGUCAACGCCGUGGAGGAUCUCCCAAUGAACCACUAGGUAGCACAGGUUCCGGACAGGGAGAUACCGAUGGAUAUCCAAGUGGAAGACCGAGCGGUCCACGUGGCUCUGGAUAUUAGAAAUAUCUUAUGAUGUAAAUGAAUUAUAUAAUGAAUUACCCAUGACAAUGUAUUUAGCUUUGUAAAUAAAAAUAAAUGUAUACUCCUCAAUCCAG